UCAAUCGUGACGGAUCUGUCCUCCACUACUCCUGUUUAAGAUUCCGCAUUUUGCCCUGCGUCGUCGCAUCCUCCUCCUCCUCUCAGACAAGGGGGGAAGACGAAAAAAGCAAAUAAACUGGAAUCUGGCUGUAUUUUUUCCUCGUCGGGAUUCAAUCAAGUUUUACCCAGAGGAGUUUAUUUUUCGUUUUGUAUUUAACUGACAAUGACAGCCACCAAGGAGCAGCCGAAUCAGAGACAGAAUCAACAGCAGCAGGAUGAGGAUUUGGGUGGGGUCAGUCCUCCGCAGAGGAACUGGAAGGGCAUUGCCAUUGCUCUGCUGGUCAUCCUGGUGGUCUGCUCACUCAUCACCAUGUCUGUCAUCCUCCUCACACCAGCUGACACGCAAGCUGGAAGUGACACCAAACUGACUGUGGAGGAUUUGUUCAAAGCUGAAUUCCAGGUCCAUGACCCAGAAGCCACAUGGAUCAAUGACUCUGAGGUCAUCUACAGGAACAGUGAUGGCCAUGUCAUCAAGUUCAACAUCCUCACCAAUGAAACAGAGAUUGUCCUGACAAACACAACCUUCGUCAAUUUCAAUGUGGCCAAGUAUUCUCUCUCCCCUGACCUGAAGUAUGUCCUCUUUGCUUAUGAUGUGAAACAGGUUUAUCGUCACUCCUACAUGGCCUCCUACAGCAUCUACAAUAUUCACACACGGGAAGUUUGGGAGCUGGACCCUCCUGAGGUGGUGAACUCGGUGCUGCAGUAUGCUGCGUGGGGAGUGCAGGGUCAACAACUGAUCUACAUAUUUGAAAACAACAUCUACUACCAAUCUGAUGUGAAGAGUAACUCCCUUAGACUGACAUCAUCAGGAAAGGAUGGGGUCAUCUUCAAUGGAAUUGCUGACUUUCUCUAUGAAGAGGAAAUUCUUCAAACCCAUGUGGCACAUUGGUGGUCACCUGAUGGAGAGAGACUGGCCUUCUUGGUUCUGAAUGACAGUCUGGUCCCCAAUAUGGUGUUACCACGCUUCACUGGCAUGGCAUACCCAAAAGGAAAGCAGUACCCAUACCCCAAGGCUGGCCAACCCAACCCAGUAGUGAAGCUCUUUGUCGUCAAUCUUUAUGGGCCGACGCACACGCUGGAGCUCAUGCCUCCAGAGACACUCAAACUAAGAGAGCAUUAUGUGACCAUGGUGAAGUGGAUAAGCAAAACGAAGACAUCUGUGAGGUGGCUAAACCGUGCCCAGAACAUUUCCAUCCUGACCGUGUGCGACACUACCACAGGAGCCUGUGUCACGAGACACGAAGAAAGCUCUGAGGUCUGGCUCUCCAAGCAGAACCAAGAACCGGUGUUCUCCAAAGAUGGCAACAGGUUCUUCCUGACUGUUCCUGUCAAACAAGGAGGACGUGGAGAGUUUCAUCACAUCGCUAUGUUCACCACACAGUUCAGAGCAGAUCAAAAUGAAGUGCGACACCUCACAUCAGGAAACUGGGAGGUGACCAGGAUCAUUGCCUAUGACGAGAACACUGACAACCUGUAUUUUCUCAGCACAGAGGGUUCAUCACGGAGACGACAACUUUUCAGUGUUAAAACUGUGGGUCUGUUCCCACGGCGGUGUUUAACGUGCGAGUUAAAUAAAGCUCACUGUCUGUACUUUGAUGCUGACAUCAGCCCCACAAACCAGCACAUCAUCCUCCAUUGUAAAGGCCCUGGAGCACCUACUGUGAUUUUACACAGCCUCAACAAUUCAAAUUACUACAUUCUUGAGAACAACUCCCAUCUGAAGACUGCCUUGAAGUACAAGAGGAUCCAGUUGACUGAUUUCAGAGUAGUUCAGAUGGAGCAUUUUGAUUUACCUUUGAAGAUCUCCUACCCACCAGACUUUUCUGAUGCCCGUCACUAUGGGUUACUGCUACUUGUUGAUGGUGCCCCUGGUGGUCAGGUGGUGAGUGACCGCUUCUCUCUCAGCUGGGACUCUGUGCUGGUCAGUUCUGACAACAUCAUCGUGGCUCGUCUGGAUGGUCGGGGCAGUGGCUUCCAGGGUCAGAGGAUCUUGCACGAGGUUCACCACAGACUGGGAACAGUCGAUGUCCAGGAUCAGAUUGCAGCAGUAGAAUACAUGAUGAAACUCCCAUAUAUUGAUCAGACGCGGAUAGCUGUGUUUGGAAAGGGUUACGGCGCCUACAUAACAUUAAUGAUGCUCAAAUCUACUGACAGCGUCUUCAAAUGCUCAUGUGCAAUGUCGCCGGUGACAGACUGGAAACUCUAUGCAUCAGCGUUCUCCGAGAGAUACCUUGGUGUGCCAUUACGGGAUGAAAACAGAUACCAGUUUUCCAGUGUGCUGCAGAACAUCCAAGCACUGCAGGAGCAGACACUGAUGUUGGUGCACGGCACAGCAGAUGCCAACAUCCACUUUCAACAUACUGCCGAGCUUGUUAAAAACCUUGUGAAAGUUGGAGCAAACUACUCAAUGCAGAUCUACCCAGAUGAGGGCCAUUUCCUGUCUCAGCAGAGUCGCCAGCAUCUCUACGCCACACUGACCAGUUUCUACAGGGAUUGUCUCAAGGAGGAGGUAUUACAGAUGCCCGAGGAAGAGGAGGAAGAGGAGGAAUAGGCAGAAGGCUUUCAUAAUUAGACCUUUGGAGGAGCAUGAUAGAAUUUUGCUGAAGUCAGUAAAGACUUUUAGCAUUUGGACCAAGUGUUUAACCGGACAUAAACACUGGUUUAGAGCUAUCUGAUGCUCAAGAGUGUUUGUGCGUAUGUGUGUAUGCCUGUGUGUGUGUUUGUGUGUGUAAAUGUGCUGAAAAGAUAACUGGAGGACACAAGAUUGACACUUGCGUUGCCGGGACUUGAGGCAGGAACAGUCGUCUAAACAUUAAGUCAUUUCAGUUUUGGAACGCUCCAUUUCUUGGCAAAGGACACGAACAACUCCCUCCAGGCUCUUUGGGCUUUAGUCACCCACACUGAAUCACAUGCAUGGUUCUUUUCCCCUACCUCCACUUUUUCCCUUCCUGCACUCAUUCUACCAUGUUAGUCUGCAAUGUGGUAACACUUGAAAAGAAAAGAACACGGAUGUGCACUUUGGAUCUCGCCUCUCCUUUGGAUGAAUCGUCAUACAAGCUUCAGUCAUCUACACAGAUAUUAAGUCACACAACUGAGUUCGCCUCAAUGGAAGUCAGUCCUGAAUAAGUGCAAUUUCCUGCUGAAACUCUCUGCCAUCAUCACCCACCCUAAAUGAAAACCGUCUUUAUAGGUCACACUUUAUUGUACAGGGGUUUUGUGUAGACAUGUAUGAUGCCUUAUGCUGUGAUAGUACUUGCUAGCAUCUGUCAUCAUCCAUUAGCAGUGUCAUGUAAACGAUUGUCAACUCAGGUCCUUGUGACACAGCAUUGCAGUUAGUAUGUCAGCUGUAUGGUCAGGAAUAAGUUAUGAAUUGUAUAUGAAGAUAAUGGGUAUUGGCCACACAAUUAUUGCAGUUUCCAGGCCUGGGUUAGGGUUGGGGUUAGGGUUGCAAAGGUUCUCCAUCUUAAUAUGCCAUUCACUAAAAAAUGCUAUUCAUAAAUGAAUUGAGUAAGGCCCAGUCCCAUUUCACAUUUUUACCCAUAUUUCGUUCUGUAACUGUCGCCACUUUUUCCUUGGUAAUGAUUUACAAGAGGUAGUUACAAGGUACUAACAAGGUUAAAAGUCUGACUCGAAUAGAAUAGAAUAGAAUAGAACUUUAUUCUCCACCAAGGUUGAAAUUUGCCUUCGGCUCACCAACCUGAAAUCAUGAAAUGAGACAUGCAGAAAGUCAUAAAAACAACACACAGUUAAAAUAAGAUAAGAGAUAGCCAUAUCUGAGAAAAAGAAAACAAUAUGUGUAACAAACCAAUGCUGUCGAGCUUACUGGUCACUUUGUGAAGAUGUUUCCAACAAGAUAUGUCCACAGUGGGAAGUAGUGCGAAUGAGCAGAACUGACAUUUAACAACAUAAAACAUAACAAACAAACAAUGGUGAGAGUGAAGUAAGCAUGAUAUCAUUAGCUGUUGUUAUACAGAAUUAAUUCCUGUGGGCAUUGCUAUUCACUUGUCUGCAGCAAAGCAGAGAAGCAGAGUCAGAAAAUGUCUUCAACACCAGGAAAUACUGGCGCACCAGUUUAUGGUAUGUACAAUAUACCUUGUUGUGGUUAGUUGCACAUUAUGCUAACCGAUGUAAGCUUUAUGAGGGUAACAUUAGUUUCUAUGGAUUUGGCUAAUUUGCCCUGUGUAUUUGCAAUCACUUGUAAUUUGCCAUGGAAUCAUUUUUGUGUAUGACAGGAAACAAGCGUAUUUUAUUCCACCAUCAACUGUGGCUAAACUUACUCAGAACUGUAAGACGUAGCAGAGGAAGAUGUGUUGUAGAGCUUCAUGUGAAACUCAACUAUAUUUUUGUCUUUCAUAUCUGAAAUGUCAUGCCGUUUUCAACGCUGGUUGGUUAUCGCAACAACACAGCACACGAUUUUAAUGCACGAGUUAGGUUACAUUAGCUGAGAUAUUCCAACUUGUGCAAUUGAUGCAAUAGCAUUUUUAAGUGUUUUAGUGCUUUUGUUGCUACAGUGCAUUUUGAUGUAACUUCUAUCACAUCACAUCCACAGAGUUCACCACAUCCACUGAAUCACCCAACAUGUGUGAUGUGUAUUUGUGUUGGGGUAGGGGCUAAAUUGUAGGGGUAAGGGGUGAAAUGGGAUUGAGCCUAAAUUAGAUGACUUUUCAGGGCAUCUCCACCGAAUUUAAGAGCUUUCGUAAAGUCAAGAGACAUUCUAAUUAUUGUUGGAGACUCCCAUUUGGAGAAAAAAAAAAGGAAAAUACUGAAAAUCAAUGAAAAUUGGUGUAGGGAGAUGGACAAUUUUGCAGUGUCCGUAAGGUGUUUGCAUGUCUACAGGGAAUGUGUCAAGUGUUGCCACAUUUUGUACAGUACAAUAAAGCAGAGUGUGUAUAUAAAUAUAUUUUUGAGAUGUCAGAUCUCAUAGGAAGUUUAGUCUAUGGGGAUGGAUUGAUUUGACCUUGAUGUGUUGUACUUAUAUUUCCCUCUUUUUCCUUUGAGCUGUUGAUUUUCUUCUUAGGAUGAAUUUUGUAAUGCUUCUUCUUGUUCUUUUGGCUCUUUCAAAUGGGAGAGGGCAGGGCUACGGUUUUGGGAUUAUUGUGAUUGUCCUAUAGUGAUGAUUAUAAAUAAAUGAAUACAAUUAUAAAAA